AAUUCGUAAAUUUCGAUGGCCACGUGUUAUGAUCCUAGCUUCAUGCAGAAGCUGACACAGGCGCGCGUGACACUGCUCUACUCGCCUAAUCGUCCACUUCACACGCGUCACGUGGACACAGAUGCCGUCAUCGCUCGCCACGUGUCCUCCCUGCUCCUCCUUAUAUACGUCCACAUCAUCAUCCUCUUCCUCCUCGGCGAAAUCAAAAUCCCUAAAAUUUCUCAGAAAAUGGCGGAUCAACCGGCGACGCGCAAGCUCUACGACUCGGCACCGUCGGCUCGGCAGACGGUGAGAUUUCUAACGGCGACGACGAUCGGCUUGUCGCUCCUGGUUCUGUCCGGUUUAACCCUGACCGGGACGGUUAUCGCUCUGGUUUUGGCGACGCCGUUGAUGGUUAUCUUCAGCCCGGUUCUGAUUCCGGCGGUCAUAACGAUGGUGGUUCUCGCCGCGGGGUUUCUAUUCUCCGGCGGGUGCGGCGUGGCGGCGGCGACGGCGCUGUCGUGGAUCUACAGAUACGUCACGGGAAAGCACCCGAUCGGUGCGGAUAAGAUCGACUACGCGAGGAUGAGGAUCGCGGAGAAGGCGAAAGAGUACGGACAUUAUGUGCAGCAGAAAACGCAUGAAGCCACGGGGACGACUCAAUGAUGGUGAUGGUUGUGGGAAUGGUGAAUCGAUCUGGCGAGUGUUUCUGGUUCCUUCGUUUUGUGUUUUGGGUGAGUGUGUGAUGUAUGUUAAUAAGUUAUAUUACGUGCCCUUUUUCAUUGUUUACAUGCCUUACCACGCGAUUAAUAAUCAAAUUAUCCGAGACUUGGAAGAAAA